AAUUUCACCGACAUUUAGUUUAGUACCGUUUUUGGCUGCAGUCGCACUACGGACAAUAUUCUAAUUGUGCUAACCAAUCAUACAUGUAGAUAUACAUACAUAUAUACAAUCUAUAUAUGUGUAUGUGCGCAUUGUAUAAGUAUGUAAAUAGAAGCAUACACAAUUCAAUUAAAAUAGCGGCAACAGUUAAUGAUAUUAACUACACAUUUUAAAUGUUAUUAUACAUGGCCAACGCCAGCCAUAUGGAAAACGAAAUCAAAAUCAAAAUCAAAAUAGAAAUGCAAAUGGAAAUGGAAAUGUGCUGCUGUACCAAACACAAAAAUUGAAAUCAUUAAAUCUAAAUACACACAACUACAAAUAAUCAUUAAUAACAAUUUACUAUGGAAAUCUAGUGAAAAUCGAAUGUGUUUUGAUUAAAUGCUAUACAAUUUAUAAUUACAAUAAAUCUAAAAAAAAUAAAAAAAUAGAAUAAAUAAAAGCCAACAAAAGAAAGCCCCCUACAAAACGCGUGCAACAAGUUAAAUCCAGCUACAAGUUGUAAACCAAGUUAGAACUACACUCACACAUACACAGACGCGUACACAAAUACUCGCUCGCUCAAUACACACACACACACACACGAACACACAUAGACUUUAACAAUGUCAAGUGAAAACAUUCUUUGGAAGCAACAGGUUUCGCCCUAAUAAGUGUUAUAAAGACGCGCGUCCAGAAUUGCUGUCGACUUUAGCCAGAAAUCUUUAUAUGUAUAAACACAAACACACAUAUAUCUAUAUAUAUAACAUAGUUAAUGAAUUUAUCAGUAAUAUACACCGAUAUACACACAUAUACAGUGUUUAAAUACAAAGCAAAAAUUGAGGAAAAUAGAAAAUAAGAAUUUGUGUGACUGCAACCAGUUGGAACGAAAGUCGAACAAAAAAUAAAAGAAAAAACCUGAAAAGUUCUUAGAGCGCGAAAUAGAAAAGAGACGAAAGAGCAAAACCUCAAUAUGGAUUCAUUUUACGAUGGCGACCUCAAAGAUAUAUGGGACUCCGAUUUAGAUCCGACGGAAUCCUUGAAAAUUAGCAGUGAUCAUGAUAUGCACGAUUGGUUUUACGAUCGUGAUGUCAAGGAUCCAGCUGUCAUACUGCACGAUAAGCUCAUCUCCGAUGCGCUGCUCAAUGGCACGGGACCAAUCAAAACGGAGCAUUCCUACAGUCUCAACAGCGAUGGUGAUUCCCUGCCCGAUUCACCAAAAAGCCUGCAGGCGAAAAUCGAUGAUAUGGAUGACGAGUGUUACUCUGGCAACGGUCGCAUCACCAUCGAUCCCAAAUGCCUAACACUACACCCGCCCGCAAGAAACAGUCGCAGCAGCGCCAUGCUGAGCAGCACGAGUGGAGCCAUCGCCAGUGCGAGCUCCGCAUUGAGCACAGCCAUCACAGAGUUGGCGGCGGCGAGCACAGCGCGAGCCACUGAGCUGAACCACCAGCACCAGCAACAGCAGCAACAUCAGCAGCAGCAGCUCCACCAGCACCACCAGCCACAGCAGCACCAGCUUCAGCACCAACACGGCCAGAGCAGCAGCAGCGGCAGCAAUGGGAUGCACGUGACGCUGGAGCACUUUCAACUACCUCAACACUUAGCGGAUAUGUACGAUGACAACGAUUGCAGCUCGUCGGUGUCGUCGGCCAGAGAGGGCAGCAUAUCGCCGGACAUCUGCUCGGAUAUUGAAAUUGACGAGGCGAUCAUCAAGGAUGAGCCCAUGUCGCCCGACUCCAGCUGCCCCGCCAGUCCAAACUCACAGAACAGCAGCGCCCAGCAGCUGAGCCUCAACCUGGCCAAUUUACAAACGGAGCUGCUCUUCGACCAAAAGCAUGGUGGCCUUUUAUUGGCCGCCAGCAGCCAGAGCCUUAUCAAAUCGCAGCAGCAACAGCAGCAGCAGCAACAGCUCUUGCUUGGCCAGAGCAGCCAGAGUCUGAUGCUGCCCAAGAUCGCCAUCAAGAGCGAAAAGCAAAGCAAUGCCAGCAGCAACAACAGCAACAGCAGCAGCAGCAGCAGCUCGGGAAAGUCACACGCCUAUGGCAUACCCCUUACGCCGCCCUCGUCGCUGCCCAGCGAUGACUCCGAGGGCAAUUUGUCGCCGGAGCAUUUGUUUGCUCCACUAUCGCCAAAUGCCUCGACGGCUACCACCAGCGAAGUGGCGCAGACUUCAAGUGCGCGACGAACGUCGGCGGCUAUGACACGAGCGGCGAGCAACAGCAGCAAUGGAGGCGCCACCAGCAAUGCCACGCCAUCGACGAGGCAGCCCAUACACACGCCUCUCAUCAGCUCCCAGCCAAAAGGCUCUACGGGCACCCUGUUGCUGACGGAGGAGGAGAAGCGCACGCUUCUAGCAGAGGGCUAUCCCAUACCACAGAAGCUGCCGCUAACCAAAGCCGAAGAGAAAUCGCUUAAGAAAAUACGACGCAAAAUUAAAAAUAAGAUCUCUGCUCAGGAAAGUCGUCGUAAGAAGAAGGAGUAUAUGGAUCAGCUGGAACGGCGUGUGGAAAUUCUGGUUACUGAGAAUCACGAUUACAAGAAGCGCCUCGAGUCACUGGAGGAUACCAAUGCCAAUCUACUUAGUCAGCUGCACAAACUGCAGGCCCUAGUUAGCAAGCACAAUGUGAAAAAGUCCUAAGCCUGGAUCGCAAUGCGGUUCAAGUUUCGCCUGCCUGCCCGAGAGAUAUUUUAUUUUACUUUAACGAUUAUUUCGAUUCUUUUUUGUUUUUGUUUUCGUUUUUUAUUAAGAAUUUAUCAGUUUAUUGGCUUUUUCAGUUAGCACAAAGCAAACGCAAAAAAACAUUCCCCCAUUUUAAAGAGAAAUUCAAAUCCCAACCUCAACAACUCUUAGGAGUUAUCAGUCCAUAAUGCCCAUAACUGAGAAACACAUAUAUAUAUAUAUAUAUAUAUGUAUAUCGAUAAUUAUCGAUGAUUAGCUACUUAUAGUUUGUAUUCUAUAUUAUUAUGAUUAGUCAUGCAUUCCUGUUAUAUAAACUAAUAUUUGAUAAAUAGAACGUAGGCAAGACAAGCUCAAACAUGUAGACUAGCCUCUAAAUAGAAGCUACAUAAAAACUAAAAGAAAAACUAUUACACACACACACACAACCAAAAAGGAAAAUCGCAACCGGCAUGAGCUCUAAAGGAACAUUUGAUUCGAUUUUAUUGGAUUGAAGAGCGACACAUAUAUAUUAUGUUUUAAUAAUGAAUGCUUGAAUGGUACGAGCUACUUUCAAAGCUGUUUCCCAAAAAACAAUACUAAUGAAAAUUGAGGAAAUAAUAGUAAAAUAGUUUUCGAAUUUCAUUUUGCAAGACUUUUGUUCCUUUAUACGAUAUUUCUAAAAAAAAAAAAAAAAAAAAAAAAAAAAAAAAUCAAAUCUAAGCUAAAGCAAAAUGUUUUAUAGAAAAUCUGUUCGAACGACAAACAAUUCCAUAUAUGAAUUAUAAUUUUAUGUAGUACAUUUAUAUAUGUAUAACUAUCUAUGUACAUACAUAUAUAUAUAUUUGUAGUGAAUAUUUAACGAACUAUGUCUUUAUGCAGCAUUUAAGAAUACUUUUUUUUUCGUUUACCAGAUUGAAAAAAUGCUUUCGAUAUUUCCGAGCCAAUUAUAAAAAAAAGUAGUAGAUGAAGAUAAUGAAAAUAUUGUUUGUUAAGUUUUAAUUUAAUUUAAGUGCAUUACCACAACUACAACGACGACGACAACAAUAUGAUUUACUUUGCAGCAAAGAUUUUUGUUUGAUUUAUUAUGAUUUACAAUUUGAAUUUAAACAUUUUAUAGUGCAAUUUUUUGGCAUAACCUAAAUAUUUCUUGUUUUUAAACCAACAAUCAAUUAUUAAUUAAUUAUAUUAUAAAUAUUUUUAUGAGUCAUUUUUAGUUUUUAAAGUUAGUUGAAUUUAGCACAUGAAUACGACGAAUGGCAAAACAAAUCAACAUGAUGAAGGUUUACUUAAGCGGAAAAUUUGUCACGUUUUAUUGAUUUCCUAUCUGAGAAGAUUCAUAUAUAUUGUAUAAUUACUUUAGCUAUUUUAAUGUACAUAAAUUACAUGAGGACGAAGUUGUGCAAUUGUUAGUAAAAUUUUUAUAAAAAAAACUAAAGAGAAAAACAAAAAUCUAGAGAAAAUUAACAAUUUGAAACAAAAAUUACAUUUGUGCAAUGGAAAAAUUUGAUUCGAAUGCGUUGAAGCAAAUUGAGAAAUGCAAAAUAUAUUUACACAAAUAUAUGUAUACACAAAUGAUAUAUGCAUGAUAUAUUUAUAUAUAAUGUGUACAUAUAUAAAUAUGACCAUACGUUAUUUUUGGCUAUAACAUUUUUAGCGCAUACAAAAGAAAAAAAAAUAUAUAAUAAAAAAAAUUGUAAAACAUUUAAUUGGGCAAAGUAAAAGUGCAAUUCCAAAUAAAUUUGAUGCAACCAUAACGACAACAAAAACUUGUGUAAUUUUACUUUAAUGGGCUCAUAAAAAUGUUUGUAUCUACUCCACAGAGCAGCCGAGAAAGGGAAAAAGAGGAAACGGAGUAGUCUUUGCAAACAAUGUUAGAUAAUUAUAAUUUCUGAUAAAAAAUGCAAUUGAAAUUCCCGCUUUGCUUUUAAAAUUUAAAUUAAAGUAUCGUAAGAAUAAAUCGAUAGACAAUACUACAGUAACAGUUCUGAGCUAUCGAUAUAUUAUGGAAAGCAAUACUUUUUAGGUCUGCAACAUUUACUGUGCCAGCAACAUAUGAGCAGUGCUCGAUAACGCAAGUUAUAAGAAAGACAAACGAAACUAAGCAAGGAAGCAGUGAAGCAGAACAAAGUAAAACAUCAGAACUGUUUAACAUUUAAUAUGGGAAAGAAAAACA